AUGGACCCAUCUGAACCACAGAGCUACGAGCCGGACUCUCUAGACGCCCUCAGCAAGCCCCACGGCUUCUUCGUGGCAGCCUACAGCUUCCACACGCUCCGCCUCGCCCCCAACUUCGACCAACUGAAAGCCCUCCCACUCCGCACAUUUCUCGUGGACGUGACCAAUGAGAGCAACCCGGUGUUGCUGUUUGGGCCGGAAGGGACGGAGGGGAUGACGGGGAAGCAGGCGGGGGUGUGGGCGGCGGUGGCGUAUAAGAGACGAGUGGUGCAGUACCAAGGGCGUGUUCAGUACCCCAUGUGGCCAGAAGCCAACGCCAAACCAAGCCCGCCAUUCGUGUGGAUGGUGGUGUCGUUCAUCAUCCUGGCGAUCUCAGUGCUGGUGCUGUGGAUGGCCGUGCAUCUCAUGGCCAAGCUCCAAACCGACACGCUUAGAGUGGAGCCCGAGGCGAAUGCAAAGCCGAGCCCGCCAUUCGUGUGGAUGGUGGUGUCAUUCAUCAUCCUGGCGAUCUCAGUGCUGGUGCUGUGGAUGUCCGUGCAUCUCAUGGCCAAUCUCGAAACCGACACGCUAAGAGUUGAGGCGGCUCAGGCAGAGCUUGCUACAGCCAAGGUGGCGGCGGAGGCGGCGAGUCAAGCCAAGAGCGAUUUCCUCACCACCAUGAGCCAUGAGAUCCGCACCCCCAUGAACGGGGUCAUUGGCAUGCUGAACCUGCUACUCGAGACCCCACUGGACAGCUCCCAGCAGGACUACGCGGAGACGGCGUGCAGCAGCGGGCGGGCGCUGUGUGCGCUGAUCAACGACAUUCUCGACCUCUCCAAGAUCGAGGCCGAGAAGCUCCGCCUCGAGCGCAUCCCCCUCAACCUGCGCGCCGAGCUCGACGACGUGCUCGCGCUCUUCGUGGAGAGUGCGGAGGAGAAGAGAUCCGUGGAGUUGGCCGCGUUUGUGGCGGAUGAUGUGCCCGAGACGCUCGUUGGGGACCCGCUGCGCAUACGGCAGAUCGAGGCUGAGAAGCUUCGCCUCGAGUGCAUCCCCUUGAACCUGGGAUCGGAGCUGGAUGAUGUGCUUGCUCUCUUUGUGGAGAGUGCUGAGGAGAAGCGAUCGGUGGAGCUGGCUGCGUUUGUGGCCGAUGAUGUGCCCGAGACUCUCGUCGGGGAUCCGCUGCGCAUACGGCAGGUGAGUAAAUGA